GAACCGGGCUGGCCUCGGUCCCGGAAGCCGGAACCCGUAGCUUGUGGGUCUUUGGUCUGAAGACCAUGAACGCGGCGGUUGGCCUUCGGCGCCGCGCGCGAUUGUCGCGCCUCGUGUCCUUCAGCGCGAGCCACCGGCUGCACAGCCCAUCUCUGAGUGCUGAGGAGAACUUGAAAGUGUUUGGGAAAUGCAACAAUCCGAAUGGCCAUGGGCACAACUAUAAAGUUGUGGUGACAAUUCAUGGAGAGAUCGAUCCAGUUACAGGAAUGGUUAUGAAUUUGACCGACCUCAAAGAAUACAUGGAGGAGGCCAUUAUGAAGCCCCUUGAUCACAAGAACCUGGAUCUGGAUGUGCCAUACUUUGCAGAUGUUGUAAGCACGACAGAAAAUGUAGCUGUCUAUAUCUGGGAGAACCUGCAGAGACUUCUUCCAGUGGGAGCUCUCUAUAAAGUAAAAGUGUAUGAAACUGACAACAACAUUGUAGUCUACAAAGGAGAAUAGAUCCUAGGUUUAAUAUUGUAGAAAAGCUAAUUUCUUUUCUUACUAGAAAAAGCUCUUUGUCCUUUUAAAGUACACAGCAGUCCUCACCUACCCGUGUCUCCAUGUUGUGUUCUGGUGUGCCUGAGCAUUAAAGGGAUUGUGAGGUCUGUACGUAAAUGUAUUAAGAAGCAAAUUCGCAGUGCAUCCUGAGUGUAUUCUUGGUGAGAAAGCAGGGGAGAACUGAGCAUUGAAGCCCGGGCCUCACACAUGUGAAACAUAUACUCUGCUCCUACAUGCGUUCCAGUCCACCAAGGCCGUUUAGAGGAUCUUUACCUAGAGAUAGAGAUUGUUUUAUCUUCAGCUGGAGAGACGGCUCAGUGGUUAGGAGCACUGACUGCUCCUCCAGAGGUCCUGAGUUCAAAUCCCAGCAACCACAUGGUGGCUCACAACCGUCUGUAAUGGGAUCUGAUGCUCUCUUCUGGUGUGUAGGUGUACAUACAGACAAAGCAUUCCUACAUUUAAGAAAAUAUAUAAAUAAGUUUCAAAAAUUAUUUCAUCUGAGCAAAAUGUUUUGAUGUGGAAUUAUGUAAAGGUAAAAUAAACCCACUUUUAUUAUCUGCCUUA